ACGGCGGUCAGUCGGUCGGAAGAGGCCGACGGGGUAGCACGGCGGGGUCGAAGGGUAAGGAGCGGGGUGUGAGCUGCGAACAGUCGGUGGAAAGGAGGCCCACUGUUGAUUGUUCCGCCGGGAACGGAAAGGGCGAACGUGACUCUCAACGGAGCAUGGAUGGAGGGCAUCUCAAUGGAAGUGUACAGACGAACGGUGGCUCCGGCCAGCUGUCUGACUUAUCCGAAGGAGAAGCUGGUGACGUGCUGGCGCCACCCGCACCAGAUGAGGGCAACGCUACGCACCUCGAGAGAAGGGUGGGACUCUUCUCUGGGGUUGCUCUAAUUGUCGGCACCAUGAUCGGAUCUGGGAUCUUUGUGUCCCCCAAGGGUGUGCUGGAGCGCACCGGAUCCGUCGGAAUGUGUCUUGUCGUGUGGAUGGGAUGUGGUGUCCUCUCCACAUUGGGCGCGCUGGCGUACGCCGAGCUGGGCACGGUGAUCCCGUCCUCUGGCGCCGAGUAUGUGUACCUGCUGGUGGGCCUGGGCAACCUGCCGGCCUUCGUCUUCUCUUGGGUGUGCUCGUUCGUGCUGAAGCCGAGCAUGCUGGCCAUCAUCUGCCUCUCGUUCGCCGAGUACCUGGUGGAGGCGUUUGUGGAGGAGUGCGAGCCUCCCGCCCAGGUGGUCACCCUGGUCGGAGUACUCACUAUCGGUGAGAAGGGAACUCACUCAUCACAGUGAGAGCUUAUACGCAGCAGAACUCACACUGAAAUCUGUCACGGAAUAGUCUGGAGAGCUUACAUAGGAACGUUCGCACUGUGUGUUUAAAUAUUAAAAGGAAGUUCACAAUAGCAUUAAAAGGAAGUUCACAAUAGCCGUUUUCACGACGGGCUAUGUGGCGAAUGCAUCUAAUUUGACCAAACCUGCACCAAAUCUCUUUUACAGCAAAUAUAUUCACAGCAUGAA